AAAGGUUUAAGCAGUAUUGGGCACUGAUUAAGGUCGUUAAACAACUACUUUGAUAUAGUUCGAGGCUAGAGAGGAUGAUCAGAUCUUCGAUCAGAGAGGAUUUAAGCAUGGGUUAUGAUGCAAUUCAAAUCGACCCCUCCAUGUGACUGUGUAUUUGACUCCAUUCGGCGCCGUAAUUUAUUGUCUGGAUGCAAUUUUCUUCACAUUCGGCGCCGUUCUUUCCUCUCCAUUGUCUUCGCAUUUUCACUCCAGCAAAUACUCAAAUAAUCCAUUCUCUCCUGUUACUCUUCCGGAUGGUUUGUUUACCAAGCCAUUUUCGGCGGCAGCUGGAUGGACGGAGUGUUUAGAGACGGCGCAGGAGAGAGGUGCUACCAAUAUGUGGACGGCGGCGGCUCUGGACGGGCGAUGUCAAGAGAUCCGAAGCCGAGGCUGAGAUGGACGGCUGAUCUUCAUGAUCGCUUUGUAGAUGCCGUUACCAAGCUUGGUGGACCUGACAAAGCUACCCCAAAAUCAGUAUUAGGGUUGAUGGGGUUGAAAGGGUUGACUUUGUACCAUCUCAAGAGUCAUCUCCAAAAGUACAGGAUUUGUCAGCAGCAGGUUCAGAAACCAAAUGCAGCACAACAAAACAAGGGGAAUAAUGAAUAUACUUGCAGGCAUUCCAAUAUCAGCAUCCAUGCCUCAGGCACAAGGAUAAACCAUAUGCAAGGAGAAAUUCCAUCUGCAGAUCCCACAAGAUAUCAGAAUGAAGUCCAGAACAGGGUUGAAGAGCAGCUUGAGGUAGUGCAAAAGAAAUUGAAGAUGAGGUUAGAGGCACAAAGGAAGUACUUGGAAGCGAUACUAGAGAAAGCACAGAAGAGUCUAUCGGUAGCCAUGAUCAAUUCCCCAAGCAGCAUACAGGAAACCAAAGCUCUUUGGCCCGGCGGGUUCAGCUCCUCCGACAAUCUCAUGGAAAACGUUAAUGGAGAAACCAAAGUUAAAUGCACCUUGAAAGACAUCGAUGCAACUUACCAAGCUCCACUUCCUUAAGGGAACUGAGUAAGGUGAAAAGAGGAAUGUGAACGUUCAUCUCUUUGGAGUUUCAAUGAAUUUGGAUUUAGAAGCUUUUUUGUAGCCUGAUUGGGAUUUUUAUGCUUUUAAUUUACAAGAAGCAGAAAAAGUAGCUUUUGAUUUACUUAUUUGGCUGAAAUGAUUUUAACAAGCACUUUUUUGUGAAACUUUGUGAAAUCAUCUAUUAUUUUUGCCAAUAA